UAAAAGUGUGAUUUCGCAAAAUGAAGUCCUACACUUUGGUUGCACUUGCGGCACUGGCGCUAUUCGCCACAGUCACGUCGAAGAACAUCGAAUCCAAGACUGCCGAUCAGGACUUCCUAGUCAAGCAAAAGUUUAUUUUGGAAAUCUUGCAGCACGUCUACCAAGAUGAUGUUUUGGUGGUGAAGUACGACUCGAGCUACUAUGAGUACAAACCCUGGGAACAUGUUGCUGACUAUCACAAACACGAACUGUUGGAGAAAUUCUUCGAGCUGUGGCAGCACAAGCCCAUGUAUGAUGAUGAGAUCUUCAGCAUCAUGUACGAACGUCAUGUCGAAUAUGCUGUCGGUUUAACGCGUUUGUUCUACUUCGCCAAGGAUUGGACCACCUUCACACACGCUGUCUUCUGGGCUCGCCAACAUGUCAACAAGCAGCUGUUUAUCUACGCUUUGACCGUUGCCGGUUUGCACCGCGCCGAUAUGCAAGGUAUUGUCUACCCAGCCAUCUAUGAAAUUCAUCCAUGGAGCUUCUUCGAUGUGGAGACCAUUGAGGUGGCUGAACGCUACAGAAUGCACAAUUUCCAUCAGGUUAAGAAAUUGGAUAACAUCUACAACGUUGCUAUCAAGACGAACUACAGCAAUGUGCAUGGUAACUUGCAUCAUGAGCACGAGCUCGCCUACUUCCUGGAGGAUGUUGGUUUGAAUGCCUUCUAUUACUACUACAAUUUGGAUUAUCCCUUCUGGACCAAGGGUGUUGAGGGUAAAGAAUUGAACAAGGAUCGUCGUGGUGAGUUCUGGAUCUACACACACUGGCAGUUGUUGACGCGUUACUAUUUGGAGCGUUUGUCUCAUAAUAUGGGUGAUGUCGAGGUUUUCGAUAUGUUCGAGGCUGUGGAGCACGGCUACUACAGCGGCUUGCGCUACUACAAUGGCGUGAACUUCCCCAACCGCGAUGACGGUUACAGCUUCUAUCGUCCCGAUAAUGUCGAGUACACACGUCUUAUUGUUAUGCUUAACAGUCGCAUCAUGGACUUCGUGCACAAAGAACACAAAGAUGACAUCAAGGCCGUCAAUGAAUUGGGCAAUAUUUUGCAAGGCAAUGUCGACAGUGUUGACAGAAAAUACUACGACAGCAUUAGCAAGUACUACCGUUAUAUUGUAAACGAAGGCAUUCCUUACGGUAAAUACCAGGAGACACUGCCCACAACCUUCAUGCACUACGAAACCGCCAUACGCGAUCCACUAUUCUUCCAAAUCAUCAAACAGGUCAUUCACUACUACUGGCAUUUGGCUGAGGUCUUCCCCGAAUAUACCGUUAAGGACUACGUUUUCGAAGGUGUCAAGAUUGACAAAGUAGAAAUGCCCGAUCACUUGACCACCUACUUUGAAUACUUUGACGCCGACAUCAGCAACGCUGUGAAUGUUGAAAUACCCGCCGAGAGCAGUGCUGAUCCUCUGGUCAACUUUGGACGCAACUCGCAACACGAUGGCAACAGUUUCGUGAUCAAGGCACGUCAAUACCGUUUGAAUCACAAACCCUUCCAAUUCAAAUUGGAUGUCACUUCAGACAAGGCACAAAAGGCAAUCGUCAAGGUAUACAUUGGACCACAACAGAUUGGUGACAAAUAUAACUACAUCGAAAAGAACUACAUGAACUUCUUCGAAUUGGAACACAUUGUUGUCGAUUUGGUUGCUGGCGCUAAUGUGAUUACACGCAAUUCCGACGACUUCUCGUGGUGGAUAGAGGACAGAACUACCUACUUGGAGUUGUACAAGAAGGUAAUGGAUGCCACCAACUCAGACUACAAAUUCGCUUUGAACCAGAGGGAAGCUCAUUGCGGUGUGCCACAACGUUUGAUGUUGCCCAUCGGCAAGAAGGGCGGUAUGCCAUACCAAUUCUUCUUCAUGGUCUACCCAUUCCAUGAGCCAGCUGUGAAACAAUUCAGCACUUAUGAUCCUGUCAUUUCUUGCGGUAUUGGUUCGGGCGCACGCUGGGGGGACUCGCUGCCUUUCGGUUUCCCCUUCAACCGUCCAGUCAAGCAUGGUUACUACUUCGAUGUGGACAACUUCCACUUCGAACCGGUGGUAAUCUACCACAAAGAGGAUGCCGUUAAUGUCGUUUAAGUACAUAUAUACACAUAUACAGAUAUUUGACAUUAUUUUCAUAAACUUUUUUAUUAUAACAAUCUUUGCAGUCACUUCAAGUUAAUGUGUUCCUUAGUAUCAAGCUGUAUUUAGCGAAAUAAACGAUUUUAAGAUUUUAAAAACGA